GAUACAGUAGUGUGUGAUUUGGGACGCAGCCAGUGGAUUCCCCACCCUGCGCACUGCUCUAUAUGUCCAAUAGGGAACGAGUUUCGGGGUUUUGUCGCGCGCGUGCUGCCAGAGGAGCACAUCUGUACGGGACUCCGCAGCACUGGAGCGCAGUUUCCUCUGGCACUGGACACCGGGAGCUGAGAGGGAUAAAAACACAAGCCUAUAAAAGGAGUAAAAGUGUGCGGAGUGAUCGUUUUGUUUUUUCGCGGGGAAACUUUAGUUCGCGAUGUCGGGCUCGCUGUGCCGGAGUUUGUACGCGUUCAGCGGAGAGCAGCACGAGCGCGGAUUGCGCUUCCAGCCCGGGGAGCUGAUCCGCAUCACGCGCGCGCUGCCCGGAGGAUGGUGGGAAGGAGAGAAGGAUGGAGAGACCGGCUGGUUUCCUUCCAGUUACGUCCAGGUCGUGGAGAAAUCUGCCUCCUUGAGUGUGCUGCCUGGUGAGGAUCCUUUCCAAACCCCGCUGCCAAAAGACUGGAAGUGUUACAUGUCACCACAGGGAUGCAAGUACUACGUCAACACUGUAAGCAACGAGACUACAUGGGAAAGGCCUUCCAGUGUCCCUGGGACACCCAAAACAUUACUGCGACACAAGAACUCCUUACCAACGGUGAAUGGAUUUCAUGGCAGCAGUGGCCCAUUGCAUCAGACGGAGCAGUCACACGUACCAAAACAGAAGGCCAACACAGAUCAACAGAGCCCUGUGUCCACAUCUCCAAGGAGGACAGAGCACAAGACCUCAGUCUCGCAAAUCAACUGCGUGACGUUUCCUCUCCCGUUGCAUACCACCGAACAGCAGCUGCUGAAACCAAACGAGUGGAGCUACUGCGACUAUUUUUGGGCAGACAGAAAGGACCCACAGGGGAAUGCCAGCAUCACAGGCUUUGAGGUCUUACUGCAGAAGCAGUUGAAGGGGAAGCAGAUGCAGAAGGAGAUGGCUGACUUUAUGAGAGAGAGGAUCCGUAUUGAAGAAGAGUACGCCAAGAACCUUUUGAAACUCUCCCAGAUCCCUCUAGCAGCUCAGGAGGAAGGCACACUGGGAGAGGCCUGGGCCCAGCUAAAGAAAAGCCUGGCAGAUGAAGCAGAAGUCCAUCUUAAGUUCUCCUCUAAGCUACAAAGUGAAGUAGAAAAGCCCCUACUUACAUAUCGAGACAACUUUAAAAAGGACAUGAAGAAGUAUGACCAUCAAAUUACUGAUCUCAGGAAGCAGCUGGCCAGUCGAUACGCUGCUGUUGAGAAGUCACGUAAAGCGCUUGCGGAGAGGCAGAAGGAUCUCGAGGUAAAGACUCAACAGCUGGAGAUUAAACUGAGCACAAAGAUUGAAGAGGACAUCAAAAAGGCCCGGCGGAAAUCCACACAGGCAGGUGACGACCUGAUGCGAUGUGUUGACCUGUACAACCAGGCUCAGUCUAAAUGGUUCGAGGAGAUGGUCACUUCAAGUCUGGAGCUGGAGAGCCUUGAAGUGGAGCGGAUCGAAAUCAUUCGAAAUCACCUCAGACAAUAUACAACGCUGAGGCAUGAAACAGACAUGUUUAACCAAAGCACGAUGGAGCCGGUGGACAAACUACUCCAGAUUGUAGAUCCAGACAAAGACAGAGAGAUAUGGGUAAAGGAGAACAAGACGGGUCAGGUGAGACCGGUGGACAUGGAUCUGUAACUCGGAGAUUAUGUGCUGCUGAUAGAAGAGACGGAUUCUCCGUUCUUCCUACUGUAGCAAAUAUGUAAGGAGAAACAACAUCCUGGAGUCAGAGGAACAAGCUGUCUGAGAAAGCGGACUUCCACCGCUCAGAACAGUGGACUGUCAGACGUCAGUUUAAACUCUGACCCAAUGAUGGACAAACAAGUCCAAAUGUCUCGCUCGCUCUCUUUCAGACACACAUACACACUUGAAAAAAAGAAACGUAGCUGCACAAAAGCCGGUAAAAGUCUUCAAUAUUUCAGAGAAAUAGUUUUAUUUCGAGAUUUAUUAGUAGAAGAACUUUUUUUUUUUCCCAGUAAACCUGCUGAUGUCCCUUGGAUGAGUUUGAAAAUUUAGACCAUAAUCCAGUCACCUUGAUUUUAGAUGCACAUAUCUGUAUGAUUCUGUGUGAACUGAGUAAUAAUUUUUGGCCGAGUUGGAUUCAUUAAAAACUUAAGCUCAGCUGAAGAGAAAAUUUACGCAAAGUAUUGUGCUGUAGUUUAAAGUGUUCGUGUUAAGGGAAAAUCAUCUCAUAAGUUAAAUUCCAGCUAUGUCAUCUAUGGAUAAGAGGUGGUAUUAAAAAGUUUUGAGACUAGUUUGGUAAAACGCCAACAGAUGGCAGCACACUCUGUUACAGUGAACACCGACCUUCAUAUGUCAGCCUGCCAAAAGACACAUCAUUCGGAGCUGUGCGACUGCCACAUGCAUUACCAUGUCUGCUAUUGAUCAAAUGAUCAAAAAGCAAGCGUAAAAUUCUGCGUGAAACUGCGCAAAAAAAGUUUAGUGAGAUGCUGCAACGAGUCGUUCGAGGUGUUUUAAGUGGUUUGAAAGCGGAGGAACAUCACUGUAACACCUUCAAUGAGAUGAGCACCCAAAAAUGUCAAAACCAUUCAGCUAUUUGUGCAUGAUGAUUUUUGGAGAACAAUCCAUAACACUGAUGCUUGCUAUUGAUGAUCGAUAUGGAACAGUCUUGGCAUUCCACAUGUGCGGCAUGCACACUUGCGUGUAUGGGUACGACCCUGAGACAAAGCAACAGUCUUCAGAGUGGAAUAGCCCAUCACCUGCACGACCGAAAAAGGCAGUUCAGGUUCGCAGCUCGACCAAGUGCAUGCACGUCGUCUUUUUCAAUAUUCGCGUCAUUCUCAAUCGAGAAUUCAUCUCAAGGGGCCAGACCAUCAGUAGCUAAUUUUACUGCCAGGUUUUAAGGUGCCUGAGAAGACAUCCCAAACUUAUAAACAGAGCUAAUCUCAAACGUUUUUGCUACCAUCUUAAAGAGGCUUCAGAGAGAGUAAUUGGUCCCUCUUCUCUAUCAGACUGACACUUGCAUAGAGAUCAACUCAGUUAAUCUGGUUUUAGGUAUCCAGUGAAUCUCUGACAGACCGCGCAAUAAUGUGUUCUCCGUGUUACUGUAGAUUGUAGAUUACUGUAUAUCUUGCAAAUAACAUGCGUUUAAAGAAUGCUACUACUCUCUGCUUGCUCCAUCAUCCAGUGCGAUAUUCAGGCCUGCGCAGAAAACGUGUUUCAUGAAUAGAAACCUAAUUCGAAGUGAGCUUGAGGUAAUCAGAAGACAUUAUCAUGUUGUGUCCAUGAUGCAUAAUUACAGCAAUGUUUAUGUAGCUGUCCAGUGCGUUCAUCCUACGCCAUUAUAAUCUUAUUCAUAGAUUAAUCAUAUUAAUAUCAUAACAACGUUCAGAUUGUAAGAAAAAUUCUAACAUGGGUGUUUUUGGUUGUAAAGGCACUGAUUUCACAUCAGUGAGUAUUGCUUCAAAUAUUCUAAAAGUGCUACGACCAUAGAAGUUAUUUAUUUUUUUUGUCUGUGACAGCAAAAGUAGGCUAAAAAAAGUGUGUUGAGCCACCUAAUCAAAUGUAGCUGCUAUAGAUUUACUUAUACAGUCAUGUGCAAAAUUUUGCACACCCUUAAAAUAAAACUUACAGUAAGACAUUUAUUGUGAAAGGUUUCACAUAUUACUGUAUGACCAGAGAAAUUAAUAGAGGUGCGACCCUACCAAAAUCAUACCCAUAUAAAAGUUUGCAUCUGUCUUGAUGAAUGUGAUGUAAAUACACUUUCAUAACCACAGUGUUUACUCUGUUUGGAUCCAUAACAGCCUUUAAUUCUCCUGCAUAACUUUU